CUGGGGACAAGACACAGCAGAACGAGCUGGAAGCAGGUUUUCUACUCCUUAAGAGUAGUCAAAUACUAUAAUUCGCUGCAGACUGAGCUAGUCCAAGCAACUUCCCAGUAGUCCUCCAAGAUAAACCUUGACAUAUUCUUAAGGACUACCUAAUUUCUCACCUGCAGGCAUCAGUGAUCCACCUCUACUAGAUACGGAAGCCCGUUAGACGAAAGCUUCUUCGAUUCCGUCCAGAACCAAUUGAACCAUUCGGACGAUUGACAGUGUGUAAAAAAUCAAUUCCUGCGCUAUUUUAGUAGCUAAUGUCACAUUGGAGGGUUUUACAAUGGAGGGCGUUUGCUAGAGAAUGGCUCAUUUAUGACUCUUUCAUGCAGUGCCCUAUGCUCUCGGCCGAAAGAAUUGCGAAGUAUUUGACGGGAAAGAAUAUCCGAUACUAUGACCCUAGUGCCGACUUUGGGAGUCAUGUUGUUGUGAUCAAUUCUAGACACAUUGCUGCAAAAGAUAAUAGUCGAUAUUGGAAACGGUUCUUAUACACUACACAUACAAGGUUCCCUGUGAAUCGUGUUGAAGAAACAAUGGAGGAAGUUCACAGGCGUGAUCCUACUGAGGUUAUUCGUUUAGAAAUUAAAGCCGUCUUACGAAAUAAUGAAUCCCGUAAAUAUCAAUUAUCUCGUCUUCAUAUAUACCCUGAUAAUAUUGAAACUAUUCCCAAGGACAUUAUUGCAAAUAUUUCAGGAGUAAUACCACAAGUUAUGAAAGUACCAAAACGUCUUGAUGAAUACUCUGCUGAAGAACUUAAUGAAUUUCCUAAACUUUUUGAUUGGCCCGAAGAUUUUCAUGUUGCCCCGCUUAGUUCAAUUGCAAAGAAGCUGAUAACCAGAGGAUCAAAAUAACAUGCUGAUAUUGUAUUACUGCAUAUCUGUAUAUUAUGUAUUAUAAGCAUAAAGCUAACAUUGAUAAUGAGUGUGAAGUUCAAAGAAUUACAAAUGGAAAAGAUUAGAUUUAUACCGUAAAGCAUACUUUGUAAUCAUUCUGUUCUUGUGCUUUAUCCACAUGAACUGAGAUGUACUAUUAUCAUGCCUGGAUGUGUGUAUACUGAUUACAAUGUAUCUAUUUUGAUAAAUAGUCGACAAAACUAUGUUAUAGUGACGACCUUCAGGGAACUGGUCAUAUUAAAGAUGUCGUUUAUCGAAUUUCGUGCAAGAUUCAAGCCUUAUUGAAGUAUAGCAGGUAUCUUAUUGAAAAAUAAGGAAAAGUUGCUGAUAAUUAGUUCCUAGAAUGGUUAAAAUUGUAAAAAUUAUCUUUGUUCCAACCACACAGAGAAUGUAACAUAUUGCGUUGGCUAAAUCACAAGAAAUACCUGUAUCUAAUACAGAUUGUUUCUGGACGUACUUCAUGUGAUUCAGGGCAUGGUCAAGGGUGUUUUUGUGACUGAAAAUUAUUCACUUACUCUAUAUACAUAUACUAACCCUAAAAAUUCUAACCUCAAAUCCUGUAUCUACCAGGGCUCCUAAUGCCUAACCUUAACUUUUUUUCGUCCACCAAUCAUGUUAAAAUUGUUUAUUUACCUAAGUUUCAUUACUUUAUUCUAAAUCGCUUUGUAACUAAACACUUUUUUGGUUGAGUGAUAGUCUCUUAAAGUUAUCUCUGUAAUUGAUUGAGGUGAUGACUCGACUUUCAAUAUCUAACGAUAGCUUAGUAUUUAAAACACUUAUGGUAUAUACAAAUAUAUUGCAACUGAACUGAACGUAAUUUAUUUAAUGAAGUUUUAGGUUUCCACGACUCCGAAUGGGCCAGGUUAUUGAAAAAAUGUUUAAAUACCACAUACGUACGUGAAAAAAUACUCUAUAUACGACGUCAGAUAAUACUGGCACCCAUAUAUCUUCUAACGAAUUGACUUACAAGCAGACAAGGGGUAAUGUGAUAAUGGUUGUUAGGUAGGUUAUUUUUGAUUGUGUGCGAAGUCCGGUAAAUAUGGGACUUCCAAACCAGCUAUUUAUCAUAGGAUAUGUGUUUCAUGUCAGAUCGUACUAUAAUCUGAUAGUGAUACCUAACCCUUAAAUGCCCUGGUACGACCGAAGGUGGGAGAGUCCGCUCUCCCUCUCGAAAUGCUCUCACAUGGCCAUGCGUUUACAGCCACUGCGAGGAAAGUCCUACCCACUGCCUUUUCACAGCAGGCGUGUUGUUUAAGGAAUUGAGAGGACGAAGAGCGAAUGUCCGGCUCUUUGACUGGGUUGAUGAGUAUGGGGGGUCCACCUAGGAAAUUUGAAAAACUCUGAUUCCGAACCAGUGGUGCACAUGAGCUCCAGAGACCUGGUGGAACAAAUGGUGUAUGAACCUACUGUUGAUCACCGGCUAUCAUGGGAUGGCAUCUCCUGACGUUGCUCCAUUGCCUUGUGGGUCAGACCUUUAGGCCAGAGGCUCAGGAUAUGGCCCUCUAAGAAAACCAUCUGCUUCGGUUUAGUACCCGGGCAGUGUCAUAGCCCACAAACAAAUCGAGUGACUUAUGUGGCGCAUAUGAAUUCGGUGCUCCUUUGUACCAAUAUUUAUGUUCAAAUAAAUAAAAAGAAGUGAUACUUAACUAAACACCUUCAGCUUGGUAUGGUUAGUAUCACUGUUGAAUGGCUAAAAAAUUGUUCAUUUUAGUGGGCUAUUCACGACUACAAAUAUAUACAGUGUACAUCAGAAACCAGUUACAAAAGGGAUGGGAUUAUUAUAUCAAUAUAUACUAGCUACAUAGUAAUGUGUGAG